AAACAGCAUGCUACCAUUAUCUGCUGCUUCUUCAGUAAGCCGCAGCAGCACAAGAAGAACAGGGAAACUGGUUCUACUAACCGGGGUGCGGGCUCUGAAACACAUAUGGAAAGAAAACGCCUCAGAAAAGAGCUUGAGAAAGUUCUGGGUGACUACGUUAGCACUACGCUUCGAGAAAAGGAGUUUGACCCAAAAGGAAAGAAGGAAUCCUCAUGCUUGGAUGACCUGGCUCAUUAUGAUCUGGCUAUUGGUGUUGCCCUGCAGUGGCUUAGAUCUUCCAGUAACAAUGAGGCAUUUAGAAAAGAAAGAAUCAAGCUAGCACUAAAUCAACAUAAAUACCCUAACCGGAUGGAAAGAGAAGCUAUGAUUCUAUCUUCUUUUGCAGGAACGCUAAUGGCUAGUCAUAGAAAGUCUGGAGAAGGAGUGAUUAAAUGCCAAGAUCAAUUCAAUAUUCAGCAUAGCUUGCCAGUGGAGGAUGUAUUUGAAAUAUAUGGAAACAAGACUUCAACAACACACCUGCAUAGUUCUGCCAAGGGUCACUGGAUUCAGCCCUUUAACCUGUCACUACAUCCAUUUGCCAUGCUGACAGCACCUCAAGCUGCAAGACAUGCUUUAAAGCACUGUACCAGAUUUUGUAAGUACCUGGGUAGAAACGAAAAUGAUGUGACUGAAGAUCAAAACUCAGAUGUUCUAGCUAUGAAUCAUCAUGAACCUGGUUCAGAAAGACAAGAAACAUCAAUAGACUCUGAGACUGAAGAAGUCACAACAGCAGAAACUGAAAGUGAAAUAAAUCCAUAAAGAAACUGAGAACAUUUAUCCCAUGUUGGCUUAUUGCAUUUCUUAGUAAACACAGUGCUGUAAUCCCUUUAUUAAUUUGGCCAAAAACUGACCUAACAGCUAGACAAUAGAAUACAUUAUACCUAUGUUACAUUGUUUUCUAGUCUCUAGUCUGCAUCUAUAUGUAUUCUCUGUCCCUAAAUUUAUGCCAGCAGUGUAUUUUUCCUGCAGUCUUUAAAAUGUUUAAGAAUAUCUUCCCUCAUGUUUUGUGGCAUCAUCUUCCUUUCUUAGCUACUAAAUACCU